AUGGCUGGCAAUGAGGCUGCACCAUUGACUUCCCCAGAAAUCAGCAUUAAGGAAUGCUUGAUGAGUCCGAAUGAUUUUGAGGAAGCCAAGAUUUCUGGAAUCUCUGACUCGUCUACAGAUCCUCCAAAAGAUAAAGAUGAAAAUUCUGGAAAUAAAAAGAAAAAAAUCAAAGAUGAGAAGCGUUGCCGAGUGUGUGGGGAUGUUGCCCUUGGAUACAAUUUUGAUGCAGUCACCUGUGAAUCCUGUAAGGCUUUUUUCCGACGUAAUGCAAGAGGCAGCAAGAGCACAAGGUGUUUGUUUCAAGGAAAUUGUGUAAUUGAUGUGAGGACUCGAAGGUUCUGCCCCCAUUGUCGCUUGCAGAAGUGCUUUAAUGUGGGAAUGAAAAAGGACAUGAUCUUAGAUGAAACAGAACGGAAAGCCAGAAUGGCCAAAGUAUUAGAGAAUCGUCAAAAACGUCAGAUAAAAACUAAGGGUCGAGAUGAAGUAACCUCUUCUGAACAAGAAGUUGGCACUGAUUGGUCAGAACUAAUAACAAAUACACCUGUCAGUAAUUUCAGUGAAAACUCACCAACCCCAACGAGCGCCUCAUCAGAACAUACCACAUUUAAGAUUGAUUUGACAAAUCUACCAACAGACAGGGAUAUGUACCGUAAACUUACCGAAAGUGAGUCAGUCUUCAUUAAAGAACUAACUGUCCUUUAUGAAUCGACUCUGGCUUCAUUCACAGACUCCUAUCACAGUGACCAAAACAACUACUCGACAAUAAACCAGUUGGUAAAUAACUCUGAGAUUGCCGUUCGGCGGUUAAUCAAGUUUGUAAAACGCAUUAAUGAUUUCAUGCGUCUGAGCCAAGAUGACCAGAUUGCCGCCUUAAAAGCCUGCGUUCUUAGUACAAUCCUCUUGCGUUCGAUCAUUAUAUCACACUUCUUAAGCAUUAUCUGGAAGCAGAAUAUUCAUUUUCACAUGCAAAAGAGAUGUUACCAUUCCUCUUACAGAAACUUGCCGAGCUGA